GUUGUUCUCUACUACAACUGAGGUAUUCGUUAUCCUACAGGUACAUUUAUUGAAUAUAUCAGUUGUUCUCUACUACAACUGAGGUAUUCGUUAUCCUACAAAAUCGUCCUUGAUGCGCUCUAUUACUGUGUACCAACUCCUCGCGCUUUGCGCCUGUAUUUCGAGCCCUUGAUGCUGGAGGAGCAGUGCUCGGAACCUGAACAAGAUUCCAAACAGACGCCCUUGGUACAGGAGGUGCAACCCUUGGAAUCGGGGCAAACAGCCUUAGGAACCAAGCAGACGCCCUUGAAUUCCCAGGGCCCGUUCAAUCCCGCGAAGAAUAAGUAUGGGCAAGCUGUAGUAGAUGCUAUAAAAUGUUUGAACAGCCUCCAGGAGCUGGCCAAAAUCCUCGAAAUUCGCGCAGAGGCGGGGUAUGCCAGCGAAAUAUCUCAUCAGCUAUUGUGCAUCUAUCGCUCUGAGCCGGACGGUAGCCCUUCAAAUCGCCUUGUAAAAAUCGCCAGCGAUACUGCGUAUAUGGAUUUCGCCUCUCCCUGGGUUGGCGAAGAGUUACUUCGACGGCACAACGAGUGGCAGUUUUCCGAUUUGUGCCAAUUUUAUCAUAAAAUCUCUCAGACGUCGGAACUCGGUGUUGCUGCGGGAGUGCUGUUCGAGCGUCUUUUCGUCAAGAGAAUUAUCACUCCCUCCCGGACCAACCUACGGUUCGGUCUAUACUCUGCCCUCAACACUCCUCCCAAGCGGCAGACCAGAAAGAGCGCGAAAAUUUCUCACACCAGAUUCAUUGGUUUCACCCUCGCCCGGCCUUCUUCAAAAUCCGUUCUUCAUUGGUCAAAUUCCGAGGCAGACGAAGUGGACAAACUCGACCUUCCUGAUGCGGACGAUACAAAGGAGGACGAUGGUGAUACGGACGAUCCUAAUCCCUCGUCAAUACCGCAACCGCGCUGGAACGACACGUUUUCUUUAAACCCAUACCAUAUGAUCCAGGAGGUAGAACCGGUACUGUGUACCCUUCACGUUCCAUCCAAGCGGAACAAUCCUCUGUUCGAUGCACUUCUUUUGCAGGAGGACAUUCCUAGCUGCGUCACGCUGUGGGUUAUUCAAAUCACUUCUGCCAAGAAGCAUGGGGGAGCAAGCGCUGGCUACAAUGAUAUUCAAGACAUUUACAAUCGAAGUGUGGAGAAAUAUGGUGAUGGUAACGUGCGUGUAGGGUACAUGUUGUUGGUACCGCCAAAGUAUCACCAGGUCGAGUGGACCUUCGAGAAUAUCCAUCUACUACCAGAAAAUCUCCGACCUACUAACGGUAACGUUUAUAUCCAAAUUUUCCAAGUCGAUAAAUUGGGAACUAGUGUAUCACACGAUGAAAGUUCGCCGUUUUGGCUAGGUGAAAAUCAAUACAUUGUGUGA